CUUAUCUGGAAAUUCGAGUCGCAAAUUUUUGGGUGUUUGUGUUUUUCAGUUUUAUUAAACUAAACGGCACUGAAAUUCAUUGCAAUGAACGGGAUCAAUAACCAUACCCCAAAUUCUGCAGCUGAAGAUGCAAUCGAGUGGCCUGAUGCUUCAAGACGAGUGUUAUCAGAACUCAGGAAGCUAUGGCUUCUUUCAGGCCCUGCAAUACUUGUUAUGCUCUUCAAUUUUUUACUUUCUGUUGUCUCCCAAAUGUUUGCAGGUCACCUGGGGAAGUUAGAAUUAGCAGGAGCUUGCAUAGCGAGUGUUGGGAUUCAAGGAUUUGCCUAUGGAAUUUUGAUUGGAAUGGCAAGUGCAGUACAAACACUGUGUGGGCAAGCUUUUGGAGCCCAGAAGUACAAAAUGCUUGGAAUCAUAUGCCAACAAUCUAUGCUGCUAAUGACAGCUACUGCUAUGCUUCUCAGUUUACUGUAUGCUUUUGCAGAGCCUGCAUUGCAUGCCAUUGGGCAGAAUAAAGCAAUAGCUGCUCAGGGAGCUCUCUUUGCAAGAGGGCUCAUUCCUCAACUGUUUGCAUUUGCUCUGAGUUGUCCCUUGCAGAGAUUUUUACUGGCUCAGAAUAUAGUGUCCCCUCUUGCCUAUAUAUCUAUAGCUACUUUUCUGCUACAUGUUCUUCUAAGCUGGCUAGCUGUUUAUAAGCUUGGGCUGGGCUUGCUGGGAGCUUCAUUAUCCUUGAGCUUGUCAUGGUGGAUUCUCACCAUUGCAACUCUUCUUUAUGUAGUGUGGAGUCCAAGUUGUAAGGAUACAUGGACUGGCUUUUCAUGGAAAGCCUUCACAGAGCUCUGGCCUUUCUUCAAACUGUCUAUGGCAUCAGCUGUCAUGCUAUGUUUAGAAAUAUGGUACAGUCAAAGCUUAGUUCUCAUCUCGGGGCUAUUGCCUAAUCCGGAGAUUGCAUUGGAUUCUCUUUCAAUUUGCAUGAAUUACUUGAACUGGGACAUGCAAGUAAUGUUGGGUAUCAGCGCUGCCGCAUGCACAAGAGUUGGUAAUGAGCUUGGAGCUAGGAGGGCCAAAGCUGCAAGUUUUUCAGUUGCAGUUGUUGUGUCCACCUCUAUCAUAAUCAGUCUUCUCCUGGCAAUUGUGAUAUUAGCACUUCACAAAUGCCUUGGCCACCCAUUCACAAGCAGCAGUGAGGUCAUGAGAGCAGUGUCUUCCAUGACACCAUUACUUGCAAUAUCUGUCUUUUUGAAUGGUGCCCAACCUAUUCUUUCAGGUGUGGCAAUUGGAUGUGGGUGGCAAAAAUUUGUGGCAUAUGUCAAUCUCAUCUCUUAUUACAUUGUGGGUCUGCCAGCUGGAAUAAUGUUGGGUUUUGUAGCAAAAUCAGGAGCAAAGGGAAUAUGGUGGGGAAUGAUCAUCGGAGUUGGACUACAGACAUUGAUUCUCAUUAUUUUUACAGCGCGCACAAACUGGAAUAAGGAGGUUGAAGAUGCUGCGAAGCGUGUUAAGCUUUCAAGUAAGGAGGAAGUGGGUUCCUCAACUAACGGUUAGCAUCGCAUCGCCAAAUGUAUUAUGAAGGAUGGUGUUUUCAAUCAUAGUGGGACAAAAAUUCAUCAUGUUUUGGUGAAAUGGUAACGACAAAUUUUCCGCGUGAAAGAGACUUUUUCACUGGGUAUUUUGGUUGUUUUCUUGUGUCCCUCUUCUUUUUAUUUUUCUCAUUGCCGUGUUUAAGCUUCAAUCAUUUCACGUGAGAUUUCUGAACUUUUGAAACAAACUGAAAGAGCUUUUUUUACCUUCCGCAACUGCAUUUUGAAAGCAGGGCACAAAACACUGUAGUAAAGAAAAAAAAUGUAACUAAUCUGUUUACCGGGCACUGUAAAGGCAAAAUGUAACUAAUCUGCUUACUAAUUUAUAUGCAAGCAAAGAGAAAUCAUUAAAGUAUAAAACAAGGUCGCAUUGCUACGAA